AUGUUGCUUGCUCCGGUUGUCGAGAACUUCUCGCUCGUCCUCGCGGGACAGGUCUUCCUGCUCAUCGUGGGCGUCCUGCUCGUUGGAUACUGCGCUUAUAACAAAUUCCUGCACCCGCUACGGUCGUUUCCCGGUCCCUUCUUGGCCUCCGUCACACCCCUCGUCCAGCUCUAUCAUGGACUCAAUGGCGACCGUCAUCUCUGGCUCGUCGAGAUGCACGAGAAAUACGGUACCCACGUCCGCGUAGCCCCCAACUUCAUCUCCAUCAACACCGUCCAGGGUCUCCACGACAUCUACGGCCACGGCAAGAAGGUCAAGAAGUCAAACUUCUACAACUCCUUCCCCGCCAUAAAGGGAGUCUACAAUACCCACAAUGCCAUCGACAAGACCAUCCACGGCCGCAAGAGACGUGUGCUCAGCCAGGCUUUCUCGGAGCAUGCUCUCAAGGGAAUGGAGGAUGUCAUGCUUACGAACGUCCGUCAGUUUUGUGAUAUCAUGGGCGGUGACGCUGCCGGUUUGGAAUCCGAUAGAGUCGUCAACGAGAAGGGUGUUGCCGUGAGGAACAUGGCUGAUUGGUUUGCCUACCUGACCUACGAUGUCAUGGGUGAGCUAUGUUUCGGAAAGAGUUACGGCAUGUUGAUCGAGCGUGGACGAAGAGACGUCAUCGCUCUCGUCGACCGAGCUGCUUUCAGGCACUACGUCUGCGGCUUGUGGAUGCCCCUUGAUAGCUGGAAACUGGAUCAAAUCUUCAUCCGCAAACUGACCAACGACCGAUGGAACUUCAUCAUGAACUCCCGUGUCGAGGCAACCCAGCGUGCCAAAGAACGAACCAUGGCCGGCCACGAAGCCAAGAAGGACUUCUUCUACUACCUCCUCAACGCCAAAGACCCUGAGACCGGCAAGGGACUCGCCACCCCCGAACUCUGGAGUGAGAGCAACGUCCUCAUGAUCGCCGGAACAGACACCACCUCCACCGGCCUCACAGCUACCAUCUUUUACCUCGUCCGCAACCCAACCGCGUUGGAGAAACUAAAGAAGGAAAUCCGCGCCAACUUCACUGAUGUCGAAGAUAUCGUCACUGGCUCCAAGCUCAAUGACAUGACUUACCUCAAGGCCUGUAUCGAUGAAGCCAUGCGUCUCGCUCCCGCUGUCCCCGGAGCUAUCCCCCGUGAAGUCCUACCAGGUGGCAUCGAAGUCGACGGUGUCUUCCUACCGGGCGGAACCGACUGCGGAACCCCAUGCUAUGCCAUCCACAGACAUCCAGAUUACUACCGCGAGCCAACCAAAUUUAUCCCCGAGCGCUGGAUCGAAGGCGCCAUGUGCCAGGCCGACAGCGGAAUGUGGGUGUCUACCAAGGACUCUGUCGAAGUUGCCCGACGAGCCUUCUGCCCAUUCAGCAUCGGCCCCCGUGGCUGUAUCGGAAAGGGCAUGGCUUUGAUGGAGAUGCGUCUUACCAUUGCCCGCAUGAUGUUCCUUUUCGACAUCGAGCUUGCCGACCACACCGGUGAAGAUGCCAAUGGCCACCUCGCCAUGGUCGACCACUUUACCAGCCAGAAGACUGGACCAAACAUCAUUAUCCGAAAGCGCCAAUAG